AUGGUGCCCAUUACAUCGGUGGAGAUGAAUGGGACUUCGUCGGCGGCGUUGGAGACGGCAGUGGAUGCAUACGCUAUACGCGUCUUGCGAAGACUGAGCCCUCCCGAAGCCGUGGUGGAUGAGAGUGUGGGUCCAUAUGUGACUUCAUUGUUACGUUGUGCGGACAUUAGUAGCAAAGAUGAGGUUACGAAGUUGCCAGAAUUUGAGUCAUUGCUGGAGUUGUUGGAGGAUCAGUGUAGCAUGGAGAAUGAGUCUGCAACACAAGCAGUUUUGGCUAUUGCAACAGCUGUUUGUACUGGAACUAUUCCCAGCGAAACCAGAAGUCGAUCUGCUAGCUUUGGAGUUUUUACAACCGUGGGAGUUCAGACACGAAAGAGGUCCCAAAGUUUUGGUUUGUACUCCGGCGGAGGCUUGGAUUCAUUCAAGAGCAUGAGCGACACGUCUAGCAAAGAAACUUCCUCUGAAGAUGUCAAAUUCGACUCUGUGUUUGGAGAGCCAUUCACUCCCAUUCAAGUCGGCGCACCAUCUCCCAUGAAAAUGGAAGCGCUGGUUCCUGUGGACCUUCUUGGUGCUUUGAACAACCCAUCUCCGCACAUUUCCAGAAUUGGUGGGCACGCUCAUUUUCGCGAGGCUUUUGAGCAGCAACAGCAGAAACAAGAACAAGAACUAACACAAAGGAAUCAACAAGAACAAGAACAGGAGAAAGAAUCAGAUGAUGGAAAGAAAUCAGAUUCACCAUCGGAUGAUGGAGGUGCCUUCCCCACGCUUUCAGCUGCAACAUCCGCCUCGGUGAAAAAACAACAAGCACCAGAAAAGAUGAGCCGUGGACGAAAGGGGUCAAAGACUCAUACUGAUCCAGAUUUGGCAGCCGCACUCUUUCGACCAGCACGGACACGAGCCAACAGUGUGGAUGUAGAAGAUAACUCUGCAUGCAACUCAAAAUCAGCCACGCAACCUUCAAAUACUGCAUUGCACAGUGCACCUCCGGGCAAUCAAUUCUUCAAGCAACAAUUAGAUUCCUGUGUCGAAAUUCUAUUGUCCAUGAAUCAUGACCUGAGUGAAGAGGCGGCGAGGGAAGCUGGGUUUAUUGCAAAAGGUGAUAUCAAUAUUGCACAAUAUGUAGUUGAUGCAGCAAUGACAGCAAAGCCUGUCUGCAGACACAUGCUUCAUGGCGGCUGCUAUCGCAGUGAUUGCCAGUUUAGUCAUGAUGUCGAAGGUCACACCUGUUUGUUCUGGCUUCGAGGAAGGUGUGGAAAAGGAAGUACUUGUAGAUUCCUUCAUGGCUUCAACCCAAAACUAGUGGAAAAUAUACCAAGCAGAUCACAAGCUCCGCAGCAGGUCUUUUCAGGCGACUUUGGUCCGCUACCAGCGGCUUCAACACCUACAAUGGAUAGUAGCAGUGCGUCAUCUCAUGGAAUGAAGGCUAAUCGUACUCCAACAUCUGUCCGAACGAAUUUGGAAGCAAGCUCUUUCGCCAAUAUUGCAUCCAAAGGGUACAGUCAGUUUAAAUUUGCAUCUCCAACGAGCGUCGCUAGUCCAAAAGCGGCAACGCCAUCAGCUCUGCCGACGGUUCGUAUCCCACAAGAUUUGUGGAAUCCUCACGAAAAUAGGGAUGCAACAUUCUUUCAUAUCCCUGAUCCAAUUGAACGGUACACCCGAGUUUCAGCUAGCGUCAAGAGAAGAGAUGUUAUUGACCUCCAUUUCCAGUCUACCAAGACUUUUUCAGCUGUCUUGGCCAGGGUCCUGCCGAACAAGCUAUCUGAGCUACAUGAGGUAUGGAUUGUCACUGGUACUGGACAUCACGUUGGAUCCAAAACGCAUCAGAAAGGAGGUGGAGCCUUGGAACGUGCAGUGACAACAUGGCUAGUGGAGGAAGGGUACAACUGCUAUAGAGGAAGAGAUAGGAAUGGGCUUGGAGGAGCGUUACUUGUAAAACGAUAG